CUUCAAUCAGGAUGAAGUCUAUGAUAUAGCAGAAUCAACAUUUAAUGAAAUGAUCAUUAUCGAGUUGAAGAGCAUGAAACUAUAACACAAGAUGGUUAUAUAUUAAAAUUAUAUAGAAUACCACCAAAAUAUUAUAAUGAUUCAAAUUUAUAUGAGAAUAAUACAACAAAAUCACCGAUAUACAUGCAUCAUGCAUUAGCAGUAGAUUCAUCAUCAUGGUUUUGGAGUAUAUCAAAUGAUGUUGCUUUACCAUUAACAUUAUCUGAUGCUGGCUAUGAUGUAUGGUUAGGUAAUGCACGUGGUACUUAUUCUUCACGCAAACAUUCAAAAUUAAAUUAUAAAACUUCAAGAGAAUAUUGGGAUUUUACAUUUCAUGAAAUUGGUAUAUAUGAUUUACCAGCCCUUAUUGAUUAUAUUUUAAUGAAAACCAGUUCACAAAAAUUACACUAUAUUGGUCACUCACAAGGAAGUACAGUCUUUUUUGUAUUUGCAAUAUUUAUGGAAAAUAUUGGUAGUUCUUACGUACAAUUUCUAUCAGAAAAAUUUGGUAAUACUAAUGGAUUAUACUAUGAAUCUUCUAGAAAACCGCUACCAAUGUGUGUAUAUAAAUCAUCUCUAUAUCUAUCUCAGUUUUGUCAAAUUUUUUAUUAUAUGAAGUUCUGUACUUUAUUAUAUGGUCAUAUAUUUGGAUCUAAUGGAUCACAUAUAAAUGAGGAAACUGCAAUAAAUAUUUUCAAAAAUACUCCACAAGGACUAUCAUUAAAAAUUGCUUUACAUUAUUCUCAAAUAGUGUACACAGGACAAUUUCAAAAAUAUGAUUAUGGUAAAGAACUAAAUUAUAAAAUAUAUGGAAGAGCACAGCCAUCGAAUUAUGAUUUAAAGAAAAUUACAUGUCCAGUAUUUUUGUAUUAUUCCGAACACGAUUUAUUUAAUAGUUUUAAAGGAAAUAUUCGUUUAUCACAUACAUUGAGGCCUGAAACACUAUAUUUGAACUAUACAGUACCAUCGGAAUAUAAGUUUAAUCACAUGGAUUUUGUUCAUGGGAAAAUUGCCAGAAAAUUGAUAUUUGAAAAAAUACUGAGGGGUCUAGAGCACGUUGCCGAAAACACAUAA